AUGUCGAAUUCGCAUUUAUUUUUAAAAUCGGGUUUUCCACGGGUGAAUCUUCAAAAUGGUUUGGGCCGGUAUGUUUGCCAAUUGCAACGAAUCACAUUCAAAUACUGCAAAACAAGCGGCUGCAGCAAAGGAAUGAGAGAUUUCUUAGAAAAUCAACUGUUGGAUUUUUCCACCAAAAAUCCGGGUGUGGUUGUAUAUGUAAAGCCCCGUCGUCAUCGUCAACCAGUCAUUGUAGGCGAAUAUUUGAAUGGGGAUCGCCACUGGUUGUGUGUCCGUAGUUUUACCGAAGAGCAACUCACGAAAUGGAUUGAUUUGAUGCGUAAACAAAAUGCAAAUACAAGUGUAGUUCGAAUGCGAAAACAGUGGCACACUGAUUGGCCAUCGAUUCAAGGUGCCUGGACACCGUUCACACAUCAACAUCCUGAAUUGACAACAACAACGUUCCCCAAUCCAAAGUACUCCAAACCAAUCGACAUCGAACAAACGGCCACCGAAAAACUAUUGGAAUUGUUCCAAAAACAAAAACUAGAAGACGAACCAGGGACCGAAAAAAUCGCCCAACAAUAAUUAGAUUUUACUUUAAAUUGUUAGAAAUGAUUGUUUAGCUGGAGAAUACAUAGAAAAUCAAAUGGAAAGCUCAUAUGCAUUCAUUCAUUUUUGUUCUAUUCCAAAAAAAAUUAUAAUCUGUAUUGCAGUACAAAAACAAUGUGAGGUUAUGUUUUCGAAUGGAUCAAUAAACCAGCCACUGAACCGAAAUUGUAUGUCCGUAUGAGUGCGAACUGUCAUCUCUCCUUUCAAACUCCUGCGACGCUUUAGUACCACAUCGUACGUUCAAUUUUUAUAACAAACUUUUGAUAACAAACACUAAUUCUUGUUCUAAUUGCACAAUUUUACAUUCCGAUGCAAUCAAAUGGAUUUAUUUCGAAACAUUGACAAAUGACAAGAGUAAAAACCAUUAUCAGUUUGUGUAUAUAUUUUUUUGGUCGCCGUGUAAAUUUCAACGAUAUUCAAAUCGAAAUUGAAUGGAUUCAAUAAGAAUGGUUUAACAAUAACAACAUCUAUGGCUAUGAUAUAAUUAGCUCGAGUUAACGAGCACUUGAAAAAGUGUAUCAAUAAUUGUUUUAGUGAGUCAUCGCAAAUCCCAUCACAUAAUUAUUUUGAUUUGGUUAUUUUGACACACAUAUAUAUGUAUAUAUUCAUAAAUAUCAAGUUUAAUGACGAAAAUAGAAAUUAGCCGUUUCCAUUGAAACCGAAUCUUUAUCACAUGAAACGAGAUAGGUGGCCUGUGAGCGUGUGUGUGUGUUCGUGCCAAAGACAAAGACAGAACGGGAUAGACAGAGAGAGAGCUGCGCGUUUCAAAUGUGUGUACUAAAAUGAACUGAGAGACACCAAAUGAAACAUGUCAUACACCGACGCACGCAUACAAUGAGGAUAAAAUGAGCAGACCGAUUGAUUCAAUCUGUGUGUGUACUAAACAGACAUCGAGUACUACAGUUUACGUGAUGAAUGUAGUAAUACGCAGAAACAUCAAAUGAAAACAACAAAAAAAGUUCCCCCAAAAAAAGACGAAAGAAUUACAAUAAGGUUCUAACUGGUGAACGUAAAAUUCACAGGAGAAAAAAAAAGUGCCAGUGAUGCUGUCAGUGGGCAAAAAAGUUUCGGAUUUUUAUUUGAUUUAAUCGGCCAAUUGAAUGCUGUGAACGUAGUUCGAGUUUUGUGCAAUAGCAAAUGGGAUCCUGUGCCUGAGUGUCAUCCGAAAAAAAGAAGUGAAAAAAAUGCGAACAUAAAUGCAACGAAUAUUUCCACAAGUGAAUUAAAAAAAACUCAAACAUUGUGAAAUGCAAUAGUUUCGAUGUAGAAAGCAAAUGAUAAAAAAAUUCACAAUCAUCAUCAACAGCAGCAACAACAACAAUAAGAAACAACAACAAAUUCCCAAAGAUACCCAAAUACAGAAAAUAAGAAAAAGAAGAAGAAGAGGAACAAAUAAUAAAGACAAAAGUUUAUUGCGUGAAAUAAAGAGAAAGAGUGAGAGAUAUAUUUGUGUGAGAGAGAGAGAGAGAGAGAGAGAGAGAGAGAGAAAAGAAAGAGAGAAAGAGAAAGAACAAUAAGAAAUGAGGGAAUGAGAAAGUCCUGUCACCGUAAACGAAUAUGUGAAAUAUGGAGAAAAUAUUCGCAUUUGUUGUGAUUAAAAUCAAUUCGUGAAAUAAAACAUGUUUAUCGUGUGAAGUUUAUAUUUCUUGUGACUGCUUAUCAUCUCUAUCGCGAUUGGAAUUUUCGCUUAAAAGAAAAGGAAGAGGGCGAAAAAGCAGCAGUACAAGUAUCAACAGCAAAGGCAACAGCAAGCAUCGAAAUUUUCUAUGUGUGCUCGUAUUUGUAUAUGUUAUUGUUAUUGCUGUCGUUGUCGUCGAGCUGUGUGUUGCUCACGUUCAGUUUUACCAUGUUUGAAUCAAUAUAUUAGAGAUUUGUGUAUAUAAUCGCUAAGUAUGCGAAUUACAUGUUUUCAAGCGUCACUUUUUUAUUGUUUGUUGCUGUCUUCUCUCAAACGGCCGCCACUGCGCGUUUUAGUUUCAUUUGAGUAAAUUGUUGUCUUUCUUGACGUCUGUAUUAGUUUGUUGUUUAAUUUAUACAAAUUUUGAUUUUAUAUCUAAUGUAAAAGUGUUGCUAAAAAAAAUUCGUCAUUUGUGUUUUUGUGAUGAGCAAUCUGAAAUAUUGGAAAACAUUCGUCAACUCUUUGAUUGCUCAUCGUGUAUAAUAUUUGAUACGUAGAAGAAAUUGAAUGAUUCUCAUUCAGUUUGUGUGGCUUUUUUUAUGCAAACGAAAAAAUAAUUGUGUGCAAUAAUUCAACAUCAUUUAAAAAAGGAAGCAAAAGUGAAAAGUGACUAAAGUGAUUUUACUGUAAACUGGCUUCCACAAAGGAUUUAACAUCACACAGGAAUUGAAAAUGAUAAAUUCGACGAAAAUACUCGCUGCAUCGAAAUAAAUUUGCAACGCGUGCAUGUGUGAUAACAUUGAUUCUCUCACUUGGCUUGCCAUGUGAACCGACGAAAAACAAAACGUUUCGAUACACUUUUCAAACGAAUCUUUUUGAUUGGAAUAAGAAGAAAAAAGAGUUCAACGUGCAAAUUGUCACACCACACAACACAUAACACACACACAAUCCAAAAA